AUGGUUGAGACAAGUGCUAUACUUGGUGGUAUGAUAGUAUUCUUUGCCCUGGUAGCAAACUUUUCCAUUCAUAGGGUGGAAGAAGGUCAUGUUGCUGUUUAUUAUAGAGGCGGUGCACUACUUUCUGCUACUAGUCAACCAGGUUUUCACAUGAUGAUACCAUUUAUUACUUCUUUUCGGGCAGUUCAGGUAACCUUACAGACUGAUGAGGUAAAAAAUGUUCCUUGUGGCACUAGUGGCGGUGUUAUGAUUUAUUUUGAUAGAAUAGAAGUAGUUAAUCAUCUAUCAUCAGAAAGUGUAUAUGAUAUUGUGAAAAAUUAUACUGCUGACUAUGAUAAGACAUUGAUUUUUAACAAGGUGCAUCAUGAAUUGAAUCAAUUCUGUAGCGUCCAUAAUUUACACGAGGUGUACAUAGAUCUUUUUGAUCAGAUUGAUGAAAAUUUGAAAAAUGCUCUUCAAAGGGAUUUAAAUGAAAUGGCCCCAGGACUUAAAAUUCAAGCAGUUAGAGUUACUAAGCCCAAAAUUCCUGAAACAAUCAGAAAGAACUAUGAACUGAUGGAGAAUGAAAAAACGAAGCUACUUAUAUCUCAUGAACACCAGAAAGUUGUUGAAAAAGAUGCUGAAACUGAAAGAAAGAAAGCGAUCAUCGAAGCAGAAAAAGUUGCUCAAGUAUCCAGAAUUCAAUUCGACCAAAAGAUAAUGGAGAAGGAAUCUUAUCAAAGAAUGUCUGAAAUUGAAGAUUUAAUCCAUGUAGCAAAACAAAGAAGCAGGACUGAUGCUGAUUUCUAUCAAGUACAAAAACAAGCUGAAGCUAAUCGUUUGCUCCUUACCCCAGAAUAUCUUGAACUAAAACGAACAGAGGCGAUUGCUUCUAAUGCCAAAGUUUAUUAUGGGCCUAACAUCCCCAAUUUCUUCUGGCCUGAGUCUCCUCAAACCCCAAAUAAAACUUCGUGA